UCUCCUUGGUUUCUGGCUCUCUGUUCAUCAUCCCAUCAUCUCCCCAAUCUCACUCCUCUUCUCUCCCUAUACUCUGUCUCUCUCUCUCUGCAUAUAUCAGCAGGCUUUGAAGAGGAAAGAGAGAAGAGAAAAUAAAGAGAGAGAAGAUGUUGCUGGGAAAGAGGUCACGCCCUCCGAUGAAGAGAACUACGAGCAUGACUGAGUUCAGCUUGGAUCUCAUCAACAACGGUGAGAUUCAGCCGUCCGAUGCUCACGACCCGUUGAAGAGGGGUUUAGAUCAACGGUUCUCAGCAGCUGCCGCCGUCUCUCCUAGAAUUCAUCAUCGGAAGUCUGCUGAUCAUAUCAAAACUGCUCAUUUCUUGAGGGCUUGUUCCCUUUGUAACCGCCGUUUGGUCCCCGGUCGUGACAUCUUCAUGUAUAGAGAUGAUAGUGCUUUUUGCAGUCUAGAGUGCCGGCAGCAACAGAUGAAGGAAGACGAGAGAAAAGAGAAGUGCUCAUUGGCUUCCAAGAAAGAAGCUGCAACCACCACCUCCGCCGCCGAGGCCGAACCCGAAACCUCCACCAACGGCGAGGCUGUCGCCGCCUUCGCGUAGAUUAUAUAUAAUUCUCAUUAAAUCACGAAAUGAGUGGUUUAAGAGAGAUUCAAACCCUUUAAUUGUGUGUCAUAUUUGACACCCUUAGAUUAGUCAUACACUUUUUAUAUAUGG